GAUUCCAUUCGUUCCGUGGUUCCGCGGAUCGGAUACCGGUAUCCUUUUUUGGAUCUUUAUCUCAUCUUUUCCUGACAGCAGGCUUCUUUUCUCUGGAGGAGUGCUCUUCAUAGCAACACAAGGAUAGUCAACCGGAUAAGCCACAUCCACGACGAAAGAACCUUUAUCAUGACAUCUCGUUCCGGUGAAGCCGACCACGGCGUAUCAGUGGAGAAUCAAUGGUAUGACGACUGGGUGAAAGAGAACAUCCCAGAUCUUUCUGGCAAGGUGGCAAUUGUAACCGGUGGAAACAGCGGAACAGGAUUCUGGGCUGCCAGUGCUUUGGCUGGCAAGGGAUGCACUGUUGUCCUUGCUUGUAGGAAUGAAGCCAAGGCGAAUGCGGCCAAGGAUGAAAUUAUUGGGUAUCACCCAGAAGCCAAAAUGGAUGUGAUCGUUAUGGAUAACAUGGACCUUUCUACCGUCAAGAGCUUUGCAGAAACAUUCAACGGCAAAUACGAUCGCUUGGAUUUUUUGUUGAACAACGCUGGAAUCAUGGCCCAGCCAUUGAUUAAGUCGAAGGAUGGCCACGAUAUCCAGUUCCAAACCAAUCACCUUGCGCACUUUUUACUCACGCAGCUCCUUUGGGAGAAGAUGCUCAACACAGAAGGGGAAAGCAGAAUUGUCAACCACUCUUCUGGUGCCCACAAAAUGGGAAGCCCUGCCUUUGAUAAGAAUAACAUGGAAAACCCAUCCUACAGCUGGGGUAUCUUGGGUUUUAAUGCCCUCCUGUGGCAUGGCAUGUUGCCCUUGAUGGGGAUGAAGCCACUCGACAAUUGGAAGCGUUAUGGGACCAGCAAGCUCUGUAAUGUUCUUUUUACAAAGGAACUCGACAGGAAAAUUCAAGAAAAAAGCCUCGCAGAGAAAGUCAUUUGUGUAGCUUGUCAUCCUGGAUAUGCCAACACAAACUUACAAAACGUGGCCAAGGAUAGCAUGAACAACUGGGAAAAGAUGAAUUCUGGCAAUGCCCAGUCUGCCGCGGAUGGCAGUCUCCCCUUGUUGCUUUGCACUGUUGGCAAGGAUGUCAAGGGAGGGGACUACUGUGAGCCCAGUUUGGCGACGAAUUUCAAGGGACCCCCUAUUGUUGGUAAGGUUGGAGGCAACGGAAACAAUGCCGAGAUGGCGAAAGAACUCUGGUCAUAUUCGGAGGAGAUCCUCGAUACCACUUUCUCCGUCUAGCGAGAUGACACGGGACCGUGAAUGUUUAUUCUAUUUGGUGGGAGAUGCCCGUCCUGUUGUCUCUUGUCACCGUUUUGAACCGUCUGGUACUCCAGAGAGGCAGUUUACAAGUUGUAGCGCUUGUUUUUGUGUUUGAUACUUACCAGGUACCAUCAAUUCAUUGUAGAAUGUCAUGUG